AUGCGCGGUCGCCAUAUUACGGAGCACCCCUCCCCUUCAGUCCCGUCACAGCACAGAGCCACAGCAGCGGUGCGGGAGGCUACAUACUGAACAACGCUACCGCUGGGGAGGACCAGUGAUACAGCAAAACCAAGAGCAAAACGAGGACCCAGAGGGAUGGAUUAAACCUUUGUACGCCGCUGUUAAGUGAUUGUAUUCGGUUUUACAUCCCUGCGCACCGGAUGAAAGGUUGCUCCUUUUCAUUUUCUUUCCUUUUGAGGAGAUUCAGCAGCUAAAAACGACUUCACUGUAGUCUGUGUUUAGCUAGCCGGUGAUGGAGACUGGCAGCUAGCUAGCUGACGUUACUCCUCUGUCAGGCUAGCAUCCAACACAAGGCUAACUUACUCAGCAGCUAGUCCGCUUCCAGUGCGAGCGGCGGUUACAGCAUAAGUUAGCCUCCCAUUAGGAAAGCCCACAAAAUGUUAGCUCGUGCUUAACAAAGGCGCUAACGGAUAACACUGAUAGUUAGCCGGCGAAUUACAACUGGCAUCAGCUGACGUUAGCUCGCUAGCUACUCAGCAGCAAAGCGGUCGCUAGCCUUCUUUUGCCUCGCUAACUGUCACAGGAGAGUCGUGUAUGAGAGGCUGUAAAUAUCGGCACAACUUUGCCUGAUAUUUGAGAGCAGGCGAGACUCGGUUAGAACAUUUAUUUAUUUAUUUAUUUUUGAUCGUGUUGUCUGUUGAGCGUAGUUUUGUCAAGACGGCGCCGUUAACGAACUGCAACCUUAUUGCGUACUGUCAGAGACAAACUACCCCCCGGAUUCUCUCGAAAUGCAUCAUCCGGACCCUGCAGGAGACUCUGGCAGUGUUAGAAAGAUGGCGCACCCGGCUGUCUUUCACAGAAGGGGUAGCAAUACAGGCAGCGGGAGCGGCUCCACGCUGUCAACGCCGGGCAACCCGGUGGUCAAUAACAGCCACGUCCCGGCCGAUGAUUAUCAACCUUCCCUGUUGAUUCAGUGCCAACCCCCUGCUGGUUCAUCCUCCCCGGGUCCCCAUCAUAUUCCACCCCACAGCCUGAAUCUGCAUUCCCAGCCCCAGCCCACACAGUCUGCUGGAGCUCAGAUAAAAAAGAAGAGUGGUUUCCAGAUCACAAGUGUGACUCCGGCACAAAUAUCUGUGAGUACCAACAACAGUAUUGCAGAGGACACAGAGAGCUACGACGACCUGGAUGAGUCCCACACGGAGGACCUCUCUUCUUCUGAAAUCCUGGAUGUGUCCCUCUCCCGAGCUAAUGAUGUAGUUGGAGCAGAGAGAAGCUCUUCAGAGGAGACGCUGAAUAAUUUCCACGAGGCAGAGACCCCUGGAGCAGUCUCCCCCAACCAGCCCUCGCACCCCCAUGCCCUGAACCAGUCGCAACAGCACGGUGGGGCCAUGGUUAACGGGACUGUGCACCAUCAACAUCCUCAUCAUCCUAACCAUGCCCAGGUCUACCCUCUAUCCUCUGGGUCUGGGAGCACCCCAUCUGCCCUCGCUUCUGGAGCUUUACCUUGUGUCACCCAGAAAAUGCCUUCUAAUGUGGGGGUCCCUCAAGAGAAUGUUUCCCAGACUGCACCUUCAAGUAUUGCCGCUCAGCCUGUGGGGGUUGUGGCCCCAGGAUCUGUCCCUGGAAUGCACAGCUCUGCUACAGGCACUACAGUUAGCAUAGUUAAUCCCCAGACCAGCAGUGUUAGUAAUGUGAAUAUGUUGACCUCUGCCAACGUGCCUGUGAGAGGGGGGAUCAGCACGAGUGCUAGCAGUAGCAGCGGUGGAUUUCCUCUCAAUGUGAUAAGCAGCAGCAGUGGAGGGAGCAUAGGUGGAGGUGGUGCUGCUGCAGCUAACCUUAUAACAACCACUAAUGUCGGCAUGAGCCAGCAACACCAAAACAUCAACUCCAACAUCACUAUGACUACUACGGCUUCUGCUGCUGCUGCUGCUGCUGUCAGUGCCUCUGGAGGGAUGGGACUCUCCAGUGGGAUCCAGGGAAGACUUGGAUCUAAUGUGCUGCAGCCUGCGAGUGCCACUGUCACAGCUGUGGCCACAGCUCCUGUACCAUCCACUCCUGCUCCAGCCCCUGCAGUGGCGACCACCAGUUCUCGCUUCAGGGUGGUGAAGCUGGACUCUAGCUCUGAGCCCUUUAAGAAGGGCAGAUGGACAUGCACUGAAUUCUAUGACAAGGAGAACCCAACCUCUGCUCCCAGCUCCUCUGCAUCUGAUACUGGGUCUCUCAGCAUGCGCCAGUUUGUCUCUGAGAGCUUUGCUGGGGCCUCAGAGAGGGAAAGCACAAGUGGUAGCUCUGUCAGUAGCACUAUGAGUACAUUGAGCCAUUAUACUGAGAGUGUGUGCAGCGGAGAGACUGGGGGACCCCCAGGGCCCCAGCAUGCCCAGGAUUACACCUCCCCUCCUCAGGGCUAUCAAGGAAUCCUUCCCAGUGGCUUAAGCAUGGGAGUGUCCCAACCUCACAUGCACCCCCAGGAUAUCACCCAUUCACAUGUGAAGACUACUGUGGCCCCCUCGGCUCCCACAAACAUUCAUCUGCCUGCUGCCAUGUCGGGUCACCAGACCACCAUUGGACUCACUACGCCUGCUUCACACCAGCAGCUCACCUACGCCCAGGCAGUUGCUAAUCAACCCACAGGCUCCACACAGGGCCUGGUUGGUGUUCAGCAACAGAAGAUGGGCUACGCCCCCAUGCCACAGCAGCCAUCUGCAACCCCCCAAGCAGCCCCAGUGCAGGUGAGGCAGCAGGAGUAUACCCAGACCCACCAAGGUAUCCCCCAGGGCUCUGGUUCUCAACCUCUGUCCAACCAGGCUGGACCAGCUCCCUCUGGGCCAGCUAAUGGAUCAAAUCAGAUGAUGGGGGCACUGCAGCAGUCACAGGCACUCCUUCACACACAGUCCCAGCAGCCCGCAACCUCCAGUAUGCCCUCUCAUGUUGGAGUACCAGGUCUAGGUCAGCAGCCUCAGAGUCACCCCGGUCACCUGGACUGCCAGCAGCAGAAGCCACAGUCACUCCCAACACAAAUCCAAAAUGUGGGCCUGAGCACCCAGCUGCCCACAACAGUCCACCAGAGCCAAGUAUCUGCAUCAAGUGUGCCUCCUCCCAACCCUCAGAGUGACCCCCAGGCCCAGCCGCAAGCCCACAACACUGGUAAUAGUGGUAGGAUGCCCCAGCAUGGUGUUCCUCAGGGCCAGCUGUCUUGUGUUAGCUUGUCCCAGGACCACAGCAGUGCCCAGGCCCUGGCUCAUGCUGCCCAGGCCAGUGCCCUCUAUGCUAGCCUGCCAACCUUCACCACCACCCAGCUGCAGGACGCCCAGCGGCUGCUCCUACAGCACCAGUCGGCUUUAUUGGCGCUGCCCAAGCUGUCCGGAGGGGAGGCUGGAUCUGGAUCCAGUGCUGGCCAGGGUCAAGAAGCCGAGGGCAACACUGCUGCCGCCAGUGCCUUAACUGCAUCAACUGGUCUCAAGACUGUGGAUGGAGAGGAGGAUGGCGCAGGGACCCAGUGUGUGCUGGGCCUGUUGCUCAUUGUGUGGAGAUCAACGAGAUCCCCAAAAUUCACAACGUGCAGAGGAAAUGACCCCACCUGACCUAACCCAACUUAGUCGGGUCUGCUGAACCUCGAUGAGACCGCUGAGGACACGGCAGACUGGACCAGAUGGAACCAGACUGAGUAGAGUUGUGCAUCACUGUUUGAGUUUUGAUAAAUCCUGCUAUUGUGUUGCUCCACGAUUUUCUUCAACAGUGUGCUCUGUGCAUGGUUCAUAUGAGCACUGGCUUGGGGGAGGUUAUAUCACAGACUCAGACAUACCUGGUCACAAGAUUUUCAGUCUGUCAUUGUCCACAUCUUGGUUUCUUGAACUAUCAAAGAUGGUGUUCUUUUAAUAACUACUGACAUUUGGGACUGAAUGUUUGGUAAUACUAAUGUAAUCAAACUCUCAGUAUUGUGUUGUAGUAUCGAACAUUCAUCCCCUGUAGGACCGAAAGAUGGCUGUAAAACAAUUGUGGA